CUGCUGCCCCAUCUCUUUUGAAUCACGUGCGUGUGCAUCUCGUGCGCUGAUGUGCACGCGCACGCUGGACCGAGCAGCCAGCCUGCUGAUCGUCACACGCACUCACAAACACAGCCUCAGGUGGCUGACGGUUGCUUCACUUUCUUUCUCCACCGCUCAAAGUGUGACACACACGGAAAAAGGCGCUCCAGCAAACGGGAUCCGGGUGCGGAAGCGGAGCAGACUGCCCUCGUCUUGCUGUGUGGGCUUUCCCGGCUAAGGGAAGACUUUUCGGGGGCUUCAUUUUAACCCGCUACACCCGACAACGGUGGAGGGAAGAUAGGAAGACGCCGAGUUUGUUUUACUUCCUUAUGAAGAUGGCGUCAAAUGAUUCGCGGCUCCAACAGCUGCCAUCCCAGAAGGACGCAGCUGACCAGAACUUUGACUACAUGUUCAAACUUCUGAUCAUCGGCAACAGCAGUGUGGGGAAAACCUCUUUCCUUUUCCGCUACGCAGACGACUCCUUCACCUCGGCCUUCGUCAGCACCGUCGGCAUUGACUUCAAAGUCAAGACAGUCUUCCGCAAUGACAAAAGGAUCAAACUGCAGAUCUGGGACACAGCAGGACAGGAGCGCUAUAGAACCAUAACCACAGCCUACUACAGAGGCGCCAUGGGCUUCCUGCUCAUGUAUGACAUCACCAACCAGGAGUCCUUCAACGCAGUUCAGGAUUGGGCUACGCAGAUUAAAACAUACUCGUGGGACAAUGCUCAGGUGAUCCUAAUCGGUAACAAGUGCGACCUAGAGGACGACAGGCUCAUACCCACAGAAGAUGGCCAGCGCCUGGCAGAAGACCUCGGUUUCCAGUUCUUUGAGGCCAGUGCAAAGGACAACAUCAAUGUAAAGCAGGUGUUUGAGCGUCUAGUGGAUGUCAUCUGUGACAAGAUGAACGAGAGCAUGGAUGGAGACAUAAGCUUAGUGUCGAACCACAGGAACCUGAAAGACUCGUCUUCCGAGAGCCAAGGGAACUGUGCUUGCUAAAGUGCAAGUGUACUCACUCACACACGCACACGCACACUGACAACUGAUAAUUUACUUCUCUGUGCCUCAACUGUAGGAAUCGUUGCUCCUCUUCUUCUCUGUUCACUGUACACACGCCCAUCACAAUAGGCAGAAAGCUGAGCUAAUCAUCAACACUAAUAGACUCCCCCUUUCUUCUGCAGACAAGGCAUCCCAUUUUAUUUUUUUGUGGCCUCAACACACGUGCUCUGUGUUGGGCUGAUAGCUCACGAAACACUGGCCUCUGCUCUGUCCAUCGCCAAGCACCUCCACUCACACUAUGCUUACAGAUUUAGGUCCAGUGGCUCUCGUAUACCUAUACUAAAUGCAUUUGAGACAUUUGCACAUGCUUUGGCAAAAAUAAUGUCGCUCAGUUUUAAUAUACAAUUCUCCAUUAUUCUGGUUGCAUUGAAGAAGAGGCUUUGCGAUUGUUUCUUUGUUUUACUUUAGCUACAUAAGGGAACCAAUGUAUUACAAAAGAAAAACUGUGAUGCAGUGCUGUAACAGUUUGGUCCAAAAUUAUUAAUUACCAUUCCAUAAUUUGAAGGGUUAACGUUCAUUUUAAUAUGGUGAACUUUUUGAUGAAAAUGAGAGGUAAGUGGCAAAAGACUGUAAAACCUUGUGUGAAGUUUAGAUUGGUAUCAUGUUGUCUGAAAUUAUUAAUACAUUUUUCCCCAAAAAAUACCCAAUAUUCUUGUUGUUUAGAUUAGAAUUCUUUCAAUUAUUUGGGUCAAAGUUAACAUCUUUACACUAGUGCAAAAUAUUUUUUUGUUUUCCCAAAAUAAAUAAUUCCAUUUUCCAACUAUAUAAAAAGACCACUUCUUAAAAUCCUUUUGCACUUUCUUGGAUAUAUUUUUUUCUAGCCAGAAGACAACCAUUCAACAAAUGACCAAUCACAUGAACAUUCACCCACGGUAUGAAUAAUUUUCUUCAAUCAUUACCACUUACUCAACACUGAGCUGUGUUAUCUUUGUAAAGGCUAUUUUUUUUCUACGUCAUGUAUUGGAUUUCAUUGAAGUGUGCAAGUGUACCAAAUGCAGUGUCCUGUUAGUGUGUGUGCAUUUGUGUAUGUAUGUGUGUGUGUGUGUGUGUGUGUUCCUGCUCAUGUUCACUUCCUAUUUUGAGGGGGAAGACCUGGGAUAAACCCUCGACUGGUCGCAAGCCAGCCGAGGGGUCAGGCGACUGUUUACGCUCACAUCACAAUUUUAGAGUCGCUAGUUAACCUAACUUGCAUGAUUUGGGAAUGUGAAAGGAAGGCUGAGAAUCUACACGAGCAUGAAGAGCGCAUGCAAACGACAGUAUAGGCAAAAUGGCUUAAGAUGAAACAGAGUACAAGACAGACUUCACAGUCAAUAGGCCGCAGUGCCGCCUCACUGCACAGUACAAAAUGUCUUAGCUAUUUCAAUGUCAUUCGAGAUUUUUGACACAACUCUUGUAUUGGGUCACAUUGGAUUGUACUGUCGUUCCCAAAGAAAUAGCUUGUAGCUAUCUUUUUUUGAUCAACUAAAUAUUAAUAGAUUAUUUUGAAAAGGUGUAUUUUUACAAAACCCUCAUUAUUAUAACCAUUAUUAAACAUGCCAUUGUCUAUGUGUGUAAAAGUGAAAGCAACACACUGUGGUGUCAUGUUGUGUUGCCAAGCCAAAGCCAUCAGUCAUCACAGCUUCAUGUUGGGUUUAACGUUUGGUUCUUGUAAAAACGCUUGUGGUCUCUUAUCUCUCCGGUCAGUGUCUGUUGCUGGAAAAUAUCUUUGAAACACAUCAGGUUUCCGAUACUAUCACCAUCUUCGUGACCACACAAUUGGCUCGUUUCCAACUGUGGGCUAAGAUGGUAAACUUGCAACACUUUCUACAUCGUCUACGAAUUGAAGUCUUAAAGGAAUGCAGUAGCCCUAUGUGACACUAAUGUACUGAGCUGAUACUGAGGUUUUGGUCUUUUUCUUUCUGUGGUAUUAGCUAUUUUCAUACUAAUGUUUCAGAA